AAACCUCUUUAUAUAACAUACUGCACUAGUGCUUUACCUAAAAUAUAUAAACUAUAAGGUUACAGUCACCUAUUCAUAUAUCACUGUUGAAACUUUUUGGCAGUUGAAGAACCACUUGAACAAUUGAAGCCUGAUUAUAUUAGAUAAUACCAAAGAUGGGUCGUAAGUUUGUUGUUGGUGGUAACUGGAAGAUGAAUGGAGAUAAAAAUCAAAUCAAUGAAAUUGUAAACAAUUUGAAGAAAGGACCCUUGGACCCAAAUGUAGAGGUUGUCAUUGGUGUACCAGCCAUCUAUUUGGCUUAUGUCAAGAGCAUAGUGCCAGACACCAUUGGUGUUGCUGCUCAGAAUUGCUGGAAAGUGCCAAAGGGUGCUUUCACAGGUGAGAUUUCACCAGCAAUGAUCAAAGAUGUUGGUGCCGAUUGGGUAAUUUUGGGGCACUCUGAGAGGAGGACAAUCUUUGGUGAAAAAGAUGAUCUUGUUGCAGAAAAGGUUAUAAAUAUAGGUUUAUCACAGAGAUCUGAUUGUUUUCAGUGUUUUUUUAUGAAUUCAAACAAUGAAAAAUUACCUUUCCAGGUUGCUCAUGCCCUGGAGUCAGGUUUGAAAGUGAUUGCUUGCAUUGGUGAAACACUUGAAGAGAGGGAGGCUGGCAAAACUGAAGAAGUUGUGUUCAGGCAAACUAAAGCUCUUGUACCUGCUAUUGGCAGUAACUGGGAUAAAGUUGUACUAGCUUAUGAACCAGUUUGGGCUAUAGGCACUGGCAAGACUGCUACGCCUCAACAGGCUCAAGAUGUACACGCUUCACUUCGUAACUGGUUGUCUACAAAUGUAUCUCCUGAAGUUGCAGCUAAUGUUCGCAUCCAGUAUGGUGGUUCUGUCACAGGGGCUACUGCUAAGGAACUAGCUGCUCGCCCUGAUAUUGAUGGCUUUCUAGUUGGCGGUGCUAGCUUGAAGCCUGAAUUCGUUGACAUUGUAAACGCAACCCAGUAAUGCAUUCAGUUAGAAUAUCAAUAUUAUACAAUUUGAUGUCUAUUUGAGCAGUUGUCAGUAGAUGCUGUGCAAGUUGUCUUUUAAAUAUUUAAUUAUGAAGUAAGUUUAAAAUUUAUGAAAAAUAAGAAUGUUGUGUAGUGUUAUUUAUUAAGCUGUUGCAUAUGUAUAACAGUGGUCGAAAGUUGUAUGAUUAUGUAUGUUAAUCUGCUGUUAUUUUGGAAUUGUUUUUGAUUAUAGAUAUUUACUGGGUUUAUACAUUAAAGCAUGUACCUAGUCAUUGAAUGUGAAUUACGACUCAUUGUUUACAAACAUACAAUUUAUUUAUUUUUUUUUAUAAAAAAAAUGCUGUCGUUAGAAUAGUAAAUAAGAGCAUUAGUAUUGCUUUUUAUUACCAAAUUAUUUAAAAAGUCUUUAAAUAAAUUGCCACAACAUAAAUUGUUUUUAU